AUGCUGACUGGGUGGGAAACAUUAGCAUUCGCCGCCUACUACGCCCUCCUCAACCUGCGUGUCAGCUUGGUGCGGGUGUCGUGUAACACCAUGAUAGGCACUGAUGCCGCCGCCAACACCACCACCGCGACGACAACCAACAAGAGUCAAUCUUCGAAUACGUCCACAACCACCCCCGACCCUAGCUACAGCCUCCUCGUCAGCGCCCGGUGCCACGCCAACUUCGUCGAGAAUGUCCCCAUUGCUCUCCUCGUAGCGACCUUUGUCGAGUUGAACGGUGGUAACAAAUGGGCCCUGACCGGCUCGUUGGCUGUGCUGCUGUUCUUCAGGAUCGCGCACGUCGAGUUCGGGUUGAGAGCCAACGACUCGAUGGGCUGGGGCAGACCGGUGGGAUACUUUGGCACGCUCGGCUUUGUUGUUGGCAUGAGUUCUUAUGCGGCUUGGUUGGCGAGCGGUUUCUGGAGGGCAUAA